AUGGCUGAACCCCAACCCGACAAGCAACCUGUCACCAUCGAUCAACCCAUCCAGCCUCAGGACGGGCAAACGUUCCUAUGGCCCUUCCACGAUCUGGCCAAUGAAUCUGAUCAGUCGGAAGACAGUGACAAGCCACGCGUAGAGCACAUCGAGGAUGCGGCCGAGCCGAGACAGUUCCAGUGCCAGCUUUGCGAAACGGUCCUCCGUGGUACGGCAUGGCGCCAGGAAGACUCCCCAUGGGCGGCUUCGCGGCCCACGCAGUAUCUCUGCGACAAAUGCUUCGAGCCCGAGAAGGGCAUCGGGGGCUUCCAAAAGGCCAUGUUCCACGCCUGCGGAGAGUGUCGAGCGCCGCCGCGCGGUAGCAUGCUGCUGGCCAAGUGCGGUGAGUGUAUUAGUCUUGCUAUUCCCAGCUGCGUCUUGCGCGCAAGUCCGGGCUUUCCUUGA